AUGAUAUAAAAUUUCAUUUAGAAAGUUUCUUAUUGUGAUACCUUUGGAGCAGAGGUAAAAUUGAAUUUCAGAAAAAAAGAAACUCAUCAAUCACCAUUUGGUGGUUUUUGCACAAUCCUAAUGGUAGUUGUUUUGGCAAUCAUUUUUAUACAAGGAGCAAUCAGUCUCAUAAAAUAAGAAACAUUUACAGUAUAAAUAUUUAAUAAUCUAUUGAGAUUUCAUCUAAUAGAGUAUUGAAUAUUGAUCCUCCAUUAACUAUACUUAAUUAUAACGAUUAUAUGAUGGCCUUCUAAGUUGAAAAUCCUAUAAUUAACGGAACCAAACAAUUAAUAGAUUUUAUCUAUACUGAAUAUGAGUAAAACAUGAAUGAAAAUGGUACAUUAAAUAAAAUUGAAAAAUACUCAAUACCACUAGAAAAAUGUACAAUCUAGCAUUUCAAAGACUUUAAUGAAUCCACUAUCUAUAAUGUAUAUUUAUUAUAUGAUUCUAGAAAAUACUCAAAACACAAUUUAAUGAUUAUUAUUGUCUACCACUCAAUUUUACACUAAUUUUACAAGGCACCUAUAAAUCAAAUACAUUUUAAUAUGGAAGCAUAACAGCUCUAAUUUGCUCCACUAACUAGUGUUAUUCAACAUCUGAAAUUCAAAAUUUAUAACUCCAGGGCUAUUUAAAUAAUAGUUUUAAAAUCAACACUUUAAUGCUUAAUAGAGUACCAAAUUUAAAUCUAGAAUCCAAUUACAUUUCUUACAUUUACUCUGAUUUCUAUAUUUCAACCAAAUUAGGUCUAGAAACAAAGACUGAUAUUUAUCUUGAAAAAUAAGCAAUGACAGUUGAUAAUUCAAUUGUCCCUGGAAUAAAGGACAUAAAAAACUAAUAAGUUUUUUCUAUAGUAGAAAAUAAAUUAACACAAUAAUCUAUAUAUACUUCUAACCUUACUAAAGUUGCAUCAUUUUACUUACGUCUUUCAUAAUCUGAAAUGCAUUAUUCUAAACAAUAUUAUCGCAUAGAUGAACUAAUUUCAUAUGUUGGUGGUAUCACUAAAUUCUUAGCUACUGUAUUGGGUUAUUUUAUACUUCGAUAUAAUUAGACUGGUUUAUAAAUUAAAAUGGCUAAUGCAUUAUAUUAGUUUGAUAUGCCAGAAGAAAAAAAGGGAGAAUUAGUGUUUUCUUUUUAAUCUUUGGUUACUAAGAUAAUAGAUUCUAUGAAAUCUGUUGAUGAUGUAGUUCAAAAAUUUAAACAUAGUGCACAUAGAGUUAUUCAUAUGACUAGAGUUGCAACAGCAUUAAAGUUUCCUAUAAAUUCAACUUAACAACAUGAUAAGAGUGAAUAAGAUAAUAUAAGUAUACAUACAAACAAAAUUAAUAAUGAAAUUCAGUAUGGAAAUUUAAAAUCUGAGAAAUCUGUUGAUUAAUCUCAUGAGAAUUAACAUUAACCUAAUUUAGAUAAGGAUAAAGAGAGAUUCUUAGAUUAAUUUAUAAAGUUAAUUUUGGAGAGUAAAAAGAAAUUAUCAUUUGGAGUACUUUUUAUUAUUAAAUAAAUAUAUGAUUCAUUUAAAAGGAAUAGUACAGCUAAUUAUUAAGCUAGGAUAUUUGAAAAAUCAAGGAAAAUGAUUUUAACAGAUAUGGACAUUUUAGUUGUUAUGAGCAAAUUAUAAGAAAUUGAAAAAUUCAAAUAUAUCUUUCUUAAUAAAACAUAAAGAAAAGUAUUUAAUUACUUACCAAAACCAGUAGUAUGUGUUGUUGAAGAAUUAAAAGAAGUAAAAUCUAAUGAAAAUUAAUUGUCUGAAAAUGAUUUAACCAAUAAAAAGAAUGAUAUGUUGAAAUUAAAAGGCAAUUCAAAAAGUUUAUUGGGAGGUAGAUAAAUAUACAAUACAGAAAGAAAAUUUAAAAGAUUGUAUAAAGCUUAUGAAAGUUUGGCUCUUAGUGUUCAUGAAAAUUGUGAAGAAUUUGAAUAACAUUAAUAAAAUUAACAUAAAGAAUAAAAUAAUGAAGAUUUAGAAAAUCAGUUUAGAAAUCAUGAAAAUUAAGAAUACUUAUAAAAUAAUAAUAAAAAUUUAGAAUAUUCAUUGAAUCAACGUUUAUUAAAAAUGGUAGAGACUACAAUUUAGUAUAGUUUUAAUUCUCUUGUUGAACUUGAAAAAUUAUCCAGAUAAGCUAAAGAUAAUAAGAAUAGAAGAAAAAGAGUAAAUAAUCCAAGUUUAUAAAAUCAUAUGGCUCCAUUAGAUUCUUAAAAUGAAGAUGAAGAUGAUGAUAUGGAUUGUAUUACUCUUAAAGGUUCUAAAAAGGAUUAAUAGACAAAAAGAUCACCUAAUAGUUUAAAUCAUUGUAAAAUUAAAAAAAAUCAUAAUACUCUUGCAAGUAGUACAAGAUAGCAUCAACAUGAUAUAAAAUUAACAAAAGUUCAAUCUAAAUUAGAUUUAAUAGAUAUAGAAGUAUAUAGUUCGUGA